AUGACGACUAACCAAAACCGAAGAGAUGGAGACGCGAAUCCGGAGGAAGCCUUGCCGCCGUCUCCGUCUCAACAGCUUCUACGUGAAAGACUCAAAGCUUACGAGAAUAUGUAUGGCUCCUUGGAUGAUCAUUACUCACGUGGAACCGGAUCUUCACAGUUUGCUCCUUUGUCAGAUUUGCGAACCCUUGAAUCUGACUUUAGAAGAUUGGGUGUCUCUGAUUCAAACCCUCGCCAACAGCCGCUACGUGAUCAACGUCGAAGCAAUCAAUUUCCUUUGAAUGGUGGAGAUCGAGGUAUCAAUGAAUACUUUAACCCUUCGUAUUUUCAGUCUCAAACUGAACAAGAACAGAUUAAUCUGGAGAGGAUGUGGUUUAAGAAGGAUAAUCUUGUUAAUGGGUAUGAUGCUUAUAAGUCAUCUAAUUAUGGUUCUUAUGGGCGUGGCAAUAGUGGUAUGUCGGUUCGUUCUCCGUAUUUUGACCACUGUGAGGUUUCUUUUUCUCAAAGUAAUAAUCAUAAUUCUGGUAAUCAAAGCCCUUGGAGUUAUUCACACGGUUAUGUACCUCGAACCCAUGAUCUAUUCAAUAUGAAUAACUCUAGGGCUAAGGAUAACACAAUGUCUCGUGCUAAAAACCGUGUGGAUUCUGUCGAGUUGCAAAACUUGAUUGCGGAAGGUUCAAGAGACACUAUUGAUAAGAUAUUUGAUGAGCUGAUAUCACAUGUUUGUGAGCUGAUGACUGACCCUUUUGGCCAUCAUGUCUUUCAAAAGCUCAUGGAGAAAUGCACAAAUGAACAAAUCACUCGGGUUUUGGAAAUUGUCAUCCAACAACCUAAUCAGUUUGUGAGAAUUUGUGGCGAUUUGCAUGGAACGCGUGCAAUACAAGAUUUGAUCCGAUGUCUUAGUUCAGAAGAGCAAAUAUCCCACUUCAUGGUAACUAUAUGCCAUGCUGCAUUACUUCUGAGCAAGAGCACUAAUGCAAAUGAUGUGAUUAUGUUUUGCUUCAGCCAUUUUUCUCCUUCACAAACCAAUGGACUUCUUCAAAUGAUUGUUCAAAACUGUUAUCAAGUUGCAAUUGAUCAUUAUGGUUCUUGUCUACUUCAACAAUGCAUUGGAAAAUCCCGUCAAGAAAUAAGGGAGCCUUUGAUUAGAGAGAUAAUCGCUAAUUCUAUGAAUCUAUGUGUGGAUCGCUAUGGAAACUAUGUGGUCCAGUAUGUGUUGGAAUUGGAAAAUUUUCAAGUGGCAGCAGCCCUGUCAAGAUAUCUCAGUGGGAAUUACGUGCAACUCUCUUGUGACAAGUAUGGAAGUCAUGCGGUGCAAAAAUGUUUAGAAAGUAGACAAUUCAACUCGAGGAUGAUCAUCAACGAGCUGCUUACUGACAUUGUUUCACUUCUUGUAAAUCCUUUCGGAAACUAUGUAAUUCAGACUGCAUGGGUUGUAUCUCAGAGUGAUAUGCGAAGUGAAUUGUUGUACCAUAUCAACAGGAAUCAUCCGUUGUUGAGGUGCAAUAGAUACGGGAGAAAAAUACUUGAAAAACUUAAUCUUUGGACAUAAGAGGGCAUGUUUGUGGAAUUAGAUGAGAACCACGCACGAUUAGUUAUUCAUGUUGGUGUUUUUUUCAUUUUUCAUUUAGACGUUGACUCGAUAUUGUUGAUUGUCUUUUUAUUAUUAAAUGGUUUUUAGGUAUGUGUUGUAGGUCUCAAAUCUCAAUAGCUAGAGUCUCUUAUCUCUUCAAUCGUCAAACGUGC